AUGUCGAAAACUGGCGGAAAUACGGAACCGAUGCCGUUCAUACGGAAAUGGGGAAGCGAGUUGGAUGAGAAGAACGGCGGAGCUGCUCCGAUCGCACCGCCCGGAGUCAUUUCGCGUUUGGCCCCGCCCCCGGCGCUCGUCGUUCCCACAAUUUCGUCGCUUUCCUCUUCCGCAACCGGAGAUGCUGCGAGUGAGUGAUUUUCUGCAAUUCAUCCUCAUUUUCCUCUUUUUUCAGAAUCUGAAUCUCCUUCGCACCGAUCCUCGUCGAAGCGGUCCCGUUCCAGGUCGCGCGACCGCAAAAAGGACCGAAAGAAGAAAGAUCGUAGCCGUUCACGCGACCGCCGAUCGCGAUCGCCGCGGGACUCGCGAGACUCCCGCCGCCGCCGAUCCUCCCGAUCUCCGCGCCGUCGUAGUCGGUCCCGUGAUCGCCGCGACCGUCGGAGGGAUCGAUCGCCGCCGUCGAUGGUGCCGAACAGUCCGCAUCGGAUCAAGGAGCCUGUCAUCAAUCCGCUCAUCCGAGAAGAUCUGGCCGCCGCCGUCGAGAGCGGAGAAGUGCCGGUGGAGGCGAUCCAAGUGGGCGCCGUCGUGCCACUCAAUCCGGCCAGGAAGUUAGUUUUUUUUGUUGUGGGCUGCCUUACGGCUGCUAAAUUUACCCGGCAACUCAAAACACCGAUGGUUUGAAAUGGAAAUGCAGUUUUCAAUGUCAAAAUCAUUGCAGAGAACGCAAGAGUCGGUGGUCGACAACGAAGAGUUUCGUGCCGGGAAUGCCGACGAUUCUGCCGUCGGAUCUGACGGAGGACCAGCGAAACGCCUAUCUUCGUAAGUUUAUUUUGCCAAUUUUAGUAAAUUUCGCCAAAAAUCGGGUAAGCUUUCCUUUGGAUUCGUCGUUUUUCAAGCCGAUUUCUUCACAUUUCCGAGCGGAAAAUCAGGUUUGAAGCUGGUAUUCCAAUUGAUUUCUUUGUUUUUUUCAUACUUUUUUGUAAUUUGCCAAUCAUUGUGCCAUUCCGAAAACGUACUAAUAUCCGGGCCUUUUGGCCCGACAUUUCAGUUCAACUCGAAAUUGAGGACGCGACCCGUAAACUUCGUUUGGCCGAUUUCGGAGUUCCCGAGGGAAGAGAGAGGUAAGUUUUCGCAAGAAAAAUCUAGGAUUUCCCCCCGAAAACCCAUAAAAUUUGCCAUUUUUCUAGACAAUUUUGACCCAAAACGACAUAUUUCGAGUGUUACAGGUCUACUUGCUGGCUGAAAUUGGCUGUGAAAGUGUCGGAAAAUGAACAGACCCGAAUUUUCCAGAUUCUCGCCGCGUUCCGCCCUAAUCCUAAUCGAUUUUAGGCGUUUAGAGAGAUCGCGACAUCCCAAAUAUCAAUAAUUUUUCCACACACUUUUUCAGCGAAAUUAAUUUUCUAAUCGAUUAAUCCUCUAAAUAAUUCAGAUAAAAAAUUGAUAGAUUCCGUGAAUUUCGUCCAUUUUUCGUUCGUUUUUGCAGAUCUCCAUCGCCCGAACCGAUUUACGAUGCGAACGGAAAGCGGCUGAACACGAGAGAAGUGCGCAAGCGGCAGGAAUUGGAGCAGUUGAGGCACGAGAAGAUUCAGGCGCUGCUCAAGAUCAAUCCGAACUUCAAACCGCCCGCGGACUAUCGGUAUGAGGAUUUUUAGAAGGGAAAAUUUGAUAUGUCAAAAAUAUGUUUUAGUGCGCCGAACAUCCGUCUGCACGACAAAGUAUGGAUUCCGCAGGAGGAUUUCCCCGACCUCAACUUUGUGGGUCUUUUGAUAGGUCCACGUGGAAACACGCUGAAGAGUUUGGAAGCGGAGACUGGCGCCAAGAUCAUUAUUCGGUAAGCUGCGGAUUCCCAGAUUUCAUCCACAACUUUCUCGUGUUUUCAGUGGAAAAGGAUCGAUAAAAGAGGGAAAACUGACGAAUCGGAUGGGUCCGAUGCCCGGCGAGAACGAGCCGUUGCACGCGUACGUGACUGGCACGGACAUGACGGUGAUCAAGAAGGCGUGCGACAAGAUCCGGCAGGUCAUCGCCGAGGCGACCGCCCUUCCCGACAACAACGAACUGCGCAAGCUGCAGCUGAGAGAGCUCGCCCUCCUUAAUGGCACUUUCCGGCCGGAGGACCUCGCCAAGUAUGUUUUCACGGAUUUUUCAUUAUACUAGUAUCCGAUGAGACCCGAAAUUUGAAUUUUGGUUGUCAGUUUCGAUAUACAAUGUUCUCCGUCAAAUUUUCAGUGCAAUAAGAUCGUCUGAUCUUUAGUUAUACCGAAAAUUGGCCGUAGUUUUCGAUUUUCGCAGUAACCCGAGCUUUCGGCUUCGGUUCCAUACAUUUCGAGUACCAAUUUCCUCGUUUUCAGUGGCGCCCGCUGCUCGAACUGCGGCUCAGACGAGCACAAAUCGUGGGAGUGCCCCGACGCGCCGAACGUCACGAAUCAGAUUAAAUGUGUGAACUGUGGAGCGUACGGACACAUUUCCAAGGAUUGUAAGAACCCGAAAGGAAUGUACGCCUCGGUAAGUACUUGAUUUUGCCCAUCCUUACCUAAUUUCUAAUGUUCAGGAAGCCGGAAUGGACGACGAGUACUCUGCUCUGAUGGCCGAGCUCGGCGAGACUCCGGCCGCGGUGCCGAUGGGCGGAAUGUCGGGAGAAGGAGCGAUGGGCGGAGGUGGCGGCGGAAGAGGAGGGAUGCACCAUGGGGGAAUGGGACGGGGCGGCGGAGCUGGAGGAUCGGCCGGACGCGGAGCACAUCGCGGAGGCUUCCAGAACCCGCGCGAACUGUUCGGACCGCCCAAGGGCGAAGAGGAACAGACGCCCGCCACGCAGGCUAUGCAGGGAUAUUACGGUAAGUGAGGGGUUUCCAGAAAUUUUAGUGGACUCUCGUGCAUGUACCAGGUACCCUAGUGAGUUGAAAUGAGUGGAAACUGAACGAAUAUGACCCAUAGAAGUAAUUCAGAUAGUUAGAACAACUUGACAGCCUGUUGCAGUCCGGGUAAACUGGGCAGCCUUACGGCAACACAUGAUUUCUCCAGCAUUUUCCUCAUCUUUGAAGUCUCCCCCAGAAAAUUCUAGAAUUGAUGGAUCGCAAGACAACACUUUGUUGAUGUUGACAACAUUUCAGUUUUCGAGUCGGAAACGUGACUUUAGCAACUGAUUUUCUCUUUGUAAACACUCUGGAAACUUCUGAAAAAUGUCCCUUUUCCAGAUCACUACCAACAAUACGCCUACGCAAAUCAGUACCAACAACACGGCGCUGGAGCGUACGGAGCCGCGACGGUCGGAGCGUACGGACAGCACCAACAGCAGCAGCAGGACUAUUCCGACUUCUACACCAGUCCCGGAGCACGUGGGGGAGCCGGAGCCAAAGCUAAGGGGUAGGCGGGCUUUUUAGUGAAAUUUUAGGAUUCGUUCGAACUGUUUUGUGAAAUUAUAAUAAUUUUGACGUUCUCAAACGUUCUCAAACUGAAAGCAAUUCUUGCAGAUGGUACGGAUCAGGGUCGUCGAUGCCGAUGCCGGUGCCGCCGCCGUCGAACUCUUCAGCGAUGCCCAGUUUCCUGCCGCCGCCACCACCCCCACCACCGGGGCCGGCCGAUCUGAGCUCCCUGCUCGCCGCUGCGCCGCCACCGCCGCCGAUUUAA